UUAGCAACCAUUUUGUUCAUAGUGCCGUUCUCUCGAAGCUGAAAGCUAGGUCUCUGUGUUUACGUCCAGAAAACGACCGAGGAGAUGGCAUAAUUCAAAUAACUUACUGAGAAGAUAAUAUAUGUGAAUUCGAUAUAACAGUACAUUUCGGUUACCUCGACGAAUCCAGAUACAAGCUGUCUUAAGCGUAGAUUGUUUUCUCGUGAUAUUUUUAGGUUGUCAGACUGAAAAAUCCCAACUGCUAAGUUUAGCAGGCUAACGUUAGUUAGCUAACUUGCUAGUGGCGAAAUGGCGGCGAAUACAACGCAGUCUGCGCCUCCAGCUAACUGGCCAUUUGCUGGUGCCCCAGGCACAGAUCCCCCUGUACAUGAGAAUCCAGAGUGGGAAAAGGCCAGACAGGCCCUUGCCUCCAUCAGCAAGAGUCAGAACACAACUAAAACCUCGCAGGCUAACUCCACCAACACACAGGCCGGGCAGUAUAUGAUGGGAACUGAUUCGGCUGGACUUCGACCUCCACAACAGCAGCAGCAGCAGCAACAACAACAGUAUUUCCAGUGGUACCCACAACAACCGAACCAGCAGUAUGGGUAUGGUUCAUAUCCAUACAACUACUACUACCAUCCUGUUCCUCCAGUAAGUCCGUAUGCUGCAGCCGGUUAUCCUCAGGGUCAGUAUAGUGUUCCUGGGGCGUACCAGCCACCCAGCACCCCAACAGGACAGCCUCCUGCCAUGUCUAUGAUGGAGGACCAGUCCUCCAGUUACCCCUCCCAGCCACAGGCCCCUCCCACCUCCGCCCCUCUGCCGCCCCCUCAAAGCCCCACCACCUCAGAGCAGCCCCCUCCCCCUCCACCCCCUCCCGUUCCCCCUCCCCCCAACUCCCAGUACCCUCCACCCCCCUCCCAGACCCCUUACAGUCCCAAUGGAGCCAUGCCCUACCAAGGGAACUACAACCACAACCAGCCUCGCUAUGGCCAGGGCUACCAGGGUCAGGGCUACCAGGCCUCCCAAGCCAACACACAGCAGCAGGGUCCCCAAUCAGGGCCAUACGGUGGCACAGGGCGGGGCGAAGGAGCCAAGAAGCCCAACAAUGUUAACAAUGCCAAUAAAGGAGGACAGCCAAUGUGGCAGCGAAUGAAACAGGCUCCUGGAGCGGUUGGAAUGAAGUUCAACAUUCCAAAACGCCCAUACGUAAUGACCAAUCAGAGCUUUCCAAUAGGCGAGCAGGCCUCGGCAGUGGCUGCCGCCACUGCAACUACGGUUGCGUCAGUCUCUACUGCGGUCACGGCCACAACAGCCGGAGGUGUCCAGAAAGGGCCUCAGGACUGGCCCCAGGCCAUGAAGGAGUACGUGCAGCGCUGCUUCACCGCCUGCGAGUCCGAGGACGACAAGGACCGCACUGAGAAAGUGCUGAAGGAGGUGCUGCAGGGUCGCCUGCAGGACGGCUCCGCCUACACCAUUGACUGGACCAGAGAGCCGUUGCCAGAGUUGAAGGCCAAGCAGUCCCGAUGGGAGGCGGUGCCCCCUCAGCGAAACCAGGACAUGUCCUUGGGCAGAGGUGGAGCCACGCGGGGCCGUGGUGGCGGAGGCCGCCUGGGACACUACAGGAACGUGUUCACCCAGCGAAGCCCCUCGUCCAGCUCCUCGCGCUCCUCCUCCCGAUCCCCCUCCCCCUCACACAGCCGCCAUCGCGACCGGGACCGACGCAGACGCAGUGACUCCGAUUCCCAGUCCGACAGCAGCUUCUCCAGUGACCGGCCACAGAUCUCCCGUCGGAACCAGAAAGGUGGGCGAGGUCGCGGUAAUGAUCGGGAUCGGGGCCGCGGUGGCGGAAGAGGAAGAGGAGGGAGAGCCAACAGAGGAAGGAGGAACGCCGAGGACUCUGGUAUGGGAAUGGGUAAGAAGCGGAAAGGCGGUAAUGCUGGUCUGGAUUUCCACGACCCCAUGCGGGAGGCCAAGAAGCAGAGCCGCGCGGCACGCUUCCACACCAAGCUGCGCACAGAGCCGCUGGUGCUGAACAUUAACGCCAUUGAUCUGCCCAACGCCACCCAGGAGGGCCUCAGCUGGGAGGACUGCCCCAUCGUGGGUACCUGCCAGGACAUCACCAAAAACUACCUGCGCCUCACCUGUGCCCCAGACCCCUCCACCGUCAGACCGGUGUCGGUUCUGAGGAAGUCUCUGAUUGCAGUAAAAGCCCACUGGAAGAAUAAACAGGAUUACCAGUACGCCUGCGAACAGAUGAAAUCCAUCCGGCAGGACCUCACAGUUCAGGGUGUGAGAACGGACUUCACUGUAGAGGUCUACGAAACCCACGCUCGCAUCGCCCUUGAGAAGGGUGACCACGAGGAGUUCAACCAGUGCCAGACACAGCUGAAGGCCCUGUACAAGGACUGCCCUUCAGAGAAUGUGGGCGAGUUCACAGCUUACCGCCUCAUCUACUACAUCUUUACCAAAAACUCUGGAGACCUGACGACUGAACUGACGUACCUGACCCCUGCUCUACGAGAAGACAUGUAUGUGUCUCACGCUCUGGCGCUUCGUGCUGCCUGGGCCCUCGGAAACUACCACCGCUUCUUCUUGCUCUACCGGAAAGCCCCGCGCAUGGGGCCUUACCUCAUCGACAAGUUUUUAGAGAGAGAGAGGAAGCUGGCACUCCGGGCCAUACUCAAAACAUUCAGACCGUCAGUACCGGUGGAGUAUGUGCAGUCUAGCCUGGCCUUUGAUUCUUUAGACACGUGCCAGGCCUUUCUGACGGGUGUCGGGGUGUCCUACCUGCCUUCUGACCCCACUAAGAUAGACUGCAAAGCCAGUUCAGCUGGUCUGGCUGCUUCCUGAUCUAAGGGGAUCUUAGGGAGUGGGAUCCUGGGAAGGAGGGAGGGAAUGUGAGCGCUUUCCAAAGGAAAGAUGGCAAGGCUAUAUAAGGGACCUAGUUCAGCACUGCCUAGGAAAGGAAGGGACGUAGUCUCACACACAUACACUCUGAGAUAUGGUUAGGCAGACUUCUCGCUGUCUCUGAUAGACUGGUAUUGACCAAGCCUAUCUCUCACCAGCCAACACCUCAGAUACAUGCUCAUCAGGCACCUUCAUUAUUGGAAUCACAGCAGUGACUUCACACACCCAUAACGACCCAUUCAGACUCCGACUGAAUUGCAUAGCACAGGCCCAUGCGUUCAAGCACACUCAAGUUCUCCCCAGCCUGCACAUGAGGUUAGCCUAGCGCACAGGCAGCCAGAGGCAGGCCAGUGUCAGGGUCUCCCAGGUGGCAGCGCUCCCUAGCAACACUAUUGCUACGCUAACAGUGUUCUGUUCUCAUGUCUUUUUCUUCCCCUUCAAGCCAGCAGCCUCAAAGCUCAAGAGAAGACAAAAGCCCUCCACAGCCUAAAGAAAGAAAGCAAGCAAGCAAGCCCAAGAGAAGAGUGUCUGGUGAAAGGUCAUAUCCUGUUUCCUGUUGGCGAUGUGAUCCAAUGUGCGCCGCCCAGCCCACAGAGACUUUUGUCCCACAGUGUUUCGCAGAGAUGUUCGGCCGCAGCAGCUCCAUAGCCAGUGUGAAGAAGAUGGUGGUUUGUAUGCCCUAACCUGCCCCGCACACCCCCUCUCAGAGAUGUCUACAGUGUACCCAGCGCCAUGUUAUGGUGGGGUGUGGGGGGGUGUCGUCUAUUCUCACCCUUCCCUCCACUGUGCUCCCCCCCCCCCCCCAUGUCCUCUGCCUUGUGAUCUGUGAAGCUGUUUGUUGACUGAGAAAGCCAAGAGGCUUGGAGCUAGCCUUUAGUGCUAGUGGGCCAUACCAUACCUGGUGCAAGAGCCUCUACCCCACCCAGUCGUACCACAUGGGGAAAAAAAGGCCCCUUUCUAACCAGGUGUCACAGCUUGAGAAAAUUGGGUAUCCAUCACUUGCUUGUCCACUUCUCACUCCCCUAUUUAAAGUGAGCUAGGUUAGCCAAGUCACACAGCUGGUGCUAAGCAUUGACUCUUGAUUGUAGCUGUGGAUGAAGUGUUAACGGAGAUGUGUUUCCCUCAUACACAUGCUCACACACACGCAGCCAGCUACCUACUUACAUCUAGACCCCUCGCAGAUGCCACAGUCAAUUAGGAGCGCCCACCCUCGUCCUGCUGCAAGUCAUCGUAGGCCACAGUCCUAGCAAGUGUGAUCAGGCUUAUCUCCACCCCUCGCGUUAAGAUGGCAGCCCAAGUUUUCCACCCGUGUAGAAGACAGAUGCCGAUUGCCACCCUUUGCAGCUCUCCAGAGGCCGCCGGCCUCCUCGCCAUCCCCCAGGUGGCACCAGGCGUGGCACACCUCAGUGUGGCACCAGCUGCCACCAGUAGCUGUUGUCCAUCACCAGGCCUCUACCUACCGGGUUUGUGACGUCCAGCUCCAGGCACAAGCUUGGAGGGCUUUGGGUUUGUAUGUGUAUGCCACUCCCCACAACACCUCACCCUUUUCCAGAUACGAAGCACGUAUGUACGUAUGUAUGUAUGUCUGGUAAGAGAGAAAGGGACUUUACUGGCUGAGAGAAGAGGAGCAGAUGACAACGCAGCAAGUAUUCUGAUGUGCUUGUGCUGUUUUUAUGCUAGUCAGAAUUUCUAAUCAACUUUUUCAGAAUUUAAAUGAUGCCCACAAAACAAACUACAGUAUUAACCAUUGCAAAUAUAUCAGAAUUAAACUGUAAUUAGAUUUGGUAUUUAGAACAAUAUUUUCAAAAUUAUACCCCAAUUAAUUUGGUCAUUUAGUAAAAUUCAUGAAUUGAGUGUCCAAUCCCAAAGCUUAGAUAGUGUGGUUUUUAGUCUGUUCAGACUCACAGAAGAUUGUAAGGACCAGUAUUGUUAUCUAACACUUUACAUUUAUAUCUUGUCAAUUCCUCAUGAAGUAAGGUUGUAGUGGUUUGUCUGUUUGCUAAUUUGAGAUUAUUUUGGUGAAUACUUUAGACCCUUUGAACAGUAUUUAAAGUAUUUAGAAAUGUUAAUCUGCUGUAAAGAGUCUGCUGGUCAGUUUCUACAGAAUUCUGGCAGAACUGAGUCUGUCCCCACAAAUAGUUCACUUUUCAUUCAGUGCCAUCUUUCAGGACCAACGGUGUAAUUGGCCACGUAGAGUCAGACUGUCGUAAAGCUCCCUCCACAGGUUCUAGAAGUGUAAAUAGUGUACAUAAUGUUUUGUUUUUCUUUUUGUAUUUUAAUUUGUCCUUUAUUUUUAGAGGGUAAGUGUAUGAAUGAAGCAGAAUGAUGUGACGAUCUGUGUUUUGGUGGGUCAGCCCUAAAGCAGCUCCUGUUGUGCUGGUGUAGAUGGGUCAUCUCGGACCUCAUAUUGCAUUUUUAGUAACGAUUAGCAGAAACGACUGGAGCUGCUGCCGGUCUGAAGCUCCAAUCAGAGAUUGUACUUGCUAGGGCUCCAGGCAGCCUUUUGAUGACUCGUGUCAUGUGACAAGUCUCAGUGAUAAAACGAUAAAAGACUUUGACCCUGUCCUACAUGGAUAAUGUUGAGAUCAACCAGCAGCACUCCUAGUGAAUAAUGCCACCUAUAGACUAACUUUUCUUUACAGGGAUUGUAAUAAAAUGUUGAUUUAUUUUCUCAAUAAACCAAAUCUUUUUCUUGUC